AUGAUGUGGUUUACGACAGAAAGCCUGCGAGGCCUAGCGUGCCUAGCGAUAGUUGUGGGAUCGUCCGUCUGGGACGUGACCGCACAGGCCGUGCCUCCUGUCAGCCAAGAGAAGGGUGUCUCGGCUUGGGCCUUCGACAUGAGCCAGGUCACGUUGAGCAGUGGACGCUUCUUCGACAACCAGGCUCGCACUCUGACGUACCUUAAAGCGGUCGACGUUGAGCGCUUGCUGUACAACUUCCGCAAGAACCAUGGACUGUCAACCAACAACGCGGCGACCAACGGCGGAUGGGAUGCCCCGGAUUUCCCAUUUAGAACUCACGUCCAAGGCCACUUUCUGAAUGCAUGGGCAUUUUGCUACGCCCAGCUCCGCGACGCCGAAUGCAAGAGUAGGGCUACUUACUUUGCUGCCGAACUCAAGAAGUGUCAAGCCAACAACAGCAAAGCUGUCUUUACUACCGGCUACCUUUCUGGCUUUCCCGAGUCUGACAUCACCGCUGUUGAAAACCACACUCUUAGCAACGGCAACGUUCCCUACUAUGCCAUUCACAAGACCAUGGCUGGCUUGCUCGACGUUUGGUGUCAAUAG